GCUACUCUCACCAUCCCAAGACAGGCGGAACAAGCAUCCGAUGCCUCGGCAGCCGGAGACAGUGGCAUUAUCCAGACACGAACAUAUGACCUUAAUAUCACCUACGACAAAUACUACCAGACCCCACGCCUGUGGCUCUUUGGAUAUGAUGAGAAUAGGAAACCGUUAAGUGUUGAGCAGAUGUACGAGGACUUCAGUCAGGACCAUGCCAAGAAGACUGUCACCAUGGAAGCUCACCCACACUUACCAGGACCCCCGAUGGCUUCAGUGCAUCCUUGCAGACACGCUGAUGUGAUGAAAAAGAUUAUCCAGACGGUAGCAGAAGGUGGUAAUGAGCUGGGAGUACAUAUGUAUUUAUUGAUAUUUCUCAAGUUUGUCCAGGCUAUUAUCCCUACGAUAGAGUACGACUACACCAGACAUUUCAUCAUGUGA